AUGGGCUUCAACUCCAAAGCCAUGGCAGCCUCGUCUGAUCCCCUUGGCGUCCUCCAAAUCCUUUGGGAGUCGCUUCACCUCCCCAUCAAGUCUGGUCAACUCUUCUUUCCCAUCCUCCUCCUCUCCCUCCUCUCCUCCUCCCUCCUCUUCUUCUGCUACUUCUCCAUCGCACCCAUCCCCCUUGACUUGGUUUCCAAGAUCUCAAUCCUCCUUGAGGAAACAAACCACCGUCCUCCCGACCUCCUCCUCGACAUAGAGAGAGACCUCAGGGAUUUUGCUGGGCUAGCAACUUCGAUCACGCUUUUCUUCUUCUUCUCCUCCUUGUUCCUUGUCCUGGCCACUCUCUACACCUUUGCUAUGGCUUACAGUAACAGGAACAUAACGCCUAAAGAUCUCUUCCUCCGGAUCGCUCGCCGUUGGUACCAGACCAUGAUCACCAGGCUCUACGUAGUCCUCCUCACCGCCGGCCUCGGGCUCCUGUCUUCGCUUGGCGUUGGCACCGCAAAAUUGGUCUCCGAUGGUUCCAGCGCUGCCUUCAGCUUUGGCCUGAGCCUAGCAGGCCUCUUGCUUCUUCUGUAUCUUUACCUGUUGACCCGGUGGUCGAUGAGUCUGGUGAUCGCUGCGGUGGAGGAGACGUGGGGGAUCGGCGCACUCUCGUGGUCGGUAGAGCUCUACAUAGGCAAUAAGAAGCGAGGGAUUGUUCUCACCCUCAUGCUGUUGGCCGUCAAGGUGGCGAUCUACGGAGCAUUUGCGGCUGUCAUGAUGGCAUCGGGGCCGCCUCAGCCGACGGAGGCACCGAUGGCGAUCGUAUACAUCGUCGCAGCGGCAGAUGCUCUGUGGGACCUGUAUUCAAUGGCUGUGUACACAGUGUUCUACUAUGAGUGCAGGAAGAGCCAUGGCUUGGAGUAUACUGGCUUGCCUGUUGUCUUAGUGAGAGUCAAUGCAGUAGUCGUACAUUGA